AAAAUAUCUUGAAUGAUAUGGUCAGAAAACUGAACGAAGAUUUUGAUAAACUGCAGUAUCAUGUCACGCCAUACCCAAAUUUUGGCCAAGUGGUUACCUAACCUAGCUGAAUACGAAACACUGUUCAAAGAAUACAGAGAUCUGCAAAGCAACAUUGAGUGCCUUAUAAACAGAUGCAACUUACUGUUGCAAAAGUUCAACAUGAGACAUACUACGAGGAUGAAUUAUCUCAUAGAUGAGAAUGAAUUCCAGGCAUCAGACAUUGAAGAUUUAUCAGUCACCAUAGAGACUAUGACGGAAAAAUUUGAAUCAAUAUUCAAACAACUGGAUAUGAAAGACUUGCAUCCGUUAACACUUGCGAAAUUCGCAAAUAAUCGUAAAUCACUUUGGAAUGGCAAGCUGAAGCUACAAUUCUUGAUUCAAGAUAUAAUUCAAGAAAUUUGUUCUCUGUAUUUGAUCUAUGGAGACAGCUUAUUUAUUCUUGCUAUAAGAAUAUCCUUAGCAUUCAACAAACUCUACAACCUAGACAAAAAGUAUGAACUGAAAAGCGACAUAAGUAUAUGUAACAAUGGAUGUCCGUGUAUCAUGUUCCCAAUGAGGAAAUUUUCGGUAACCCGAUUACUACAAAUUGUUGCUCUGAACAGGGCGGAACUUUGUUGCCACAAACUGAUCGACUGUUUAUUGGAUACGUAUAAGAGCUAUCAGCAGGACGAUGAUGAUGGAUCUGACAGUUCUAGCCUGGAAAUAUAUAUGACUCUCACAAAACAUAUGACUCCGCAUCAGUCCUAUGAAAGACUUGAUGAACCAGGUAUAGAAAUAUCUGAGAAAAAUGAGAAUGGCUUCGCAAAUUUGGAGGAACUUAUAUUCCAUGAAGAAAGAAGGGUAAUAGGAGUACUUCAGAUAAUAUUAAAGAAUGCUCCAGAAAUGCUAGGCACGGAUGGUGUCAGAAGAUGUAAAAACACUGGGAUUGUCAAGUUGAAUACCAAAGCACAGAACAAAGCUUUGGAAUAUUAUGAACAAAUUUUAUGGGGUGAAGUGAGUAAUUAUUUGGAACACGUAAUAUUGUGGUGGGCCUCAUCACCUCUGGCGGCAAGACUCCCUCAUUCCAGUCAACAUUUGAGAGAGUGGAUAAUGCAGUUUAUCCCAACAGCUGAUAUACCUCCUGUGAUACUGUCAGCACUCGCUAGCUUAGCUGAUGCGUUAGGUGUACACGUGACUUCAACUUCUUGGGACCAAAAUUUCAGAAAAGCGCUAGUGGCAUCGAAAGUAGCUUGUCAUCCUGACACUGGAAGGUUAUUCUCAGAUGUAUUGCAAGAGCUUGUUACUCUUUGUAAUCAGUGCGAAACGACACCAGACUGGAUCAUGGGUGCAGCACUCAAUGAGCUCCCGUUGGUAGAACAAAUUCCUGUAUUGCAUAGACUAGAUCAUUCAAUCCAUACUACUAGACUGUGGUCUAUAAACGAAAGCAAGAAAAUGGCGAACGUCUGGAACGUGCGCGGUUUCUUCAAAGUAACGCAAGGUGACAUAGCCGACUGUAUGAAGCAGCUGAACGACAUGAGACUGGCUGAUCACACGCUUGAGAUCGAAAAGGGGGGACUGGAUGUUCAUGUUCAAGUUUGUGCUUUGAUGAGAGCCAAGUUAGUCUCCGAAGUAAAGGAGAAUAUGCAGAAAUUGAAGGAAACUCCUCAACAAUGCGUCGAAGGGCUAGCAAGUGUAUGUCGGACUAUAUGUCUGGCUAAUUUAAAAAUGAUCUUCCCGAAGCCGUCAUAUUGGAAACAGACUGUUAUUGAGGGAAUAUCUGAGAAACCUUGCGAUUUUGUGGAGAAGUAUUUGAACCAGAUACUUGUUCCUGUUCUUGAGGCCACUGAAGACUACGAUAUUGCCAACAUGAUUCUCACAUUGCUAUGUGAAUCCUGGCUAGACCAUAUCUACACAAAUAAAAUAAAAUUCAGCGAACAAGGGGCUUGUCAACUGCUCUGCGAUUUUGCGUACGUCACUAUUUGGCUGUCUAACUGUCUCGUUGUGAGCGAGACCAUGAGAACAAAGCUGUUGAAGAACGAAAUAUUGAAGAGAUGUGAAGGUGUCGGGCGAUUGCUUCUCAGAUGUCCGGGAGAGAAAAUCAAAAUGGCGGACAAGCACAAGAGAAAAGCAUCUGUAGCUGCCGAAGUGAGUGACGCAGAAAAAUCACAACUAAUGCCUGCAGAAAUGUAUGUACCAAAUCAAGAACAGUGGCUGGCACUUCGGGCUACGAGGAAAACUCUGUUCCCAGCACCUGUAUGUUGCAGCAAAUAUGAGACUUUCAAAUAAUGAAAACAUUCAUUCACUGUACAUGUUCACUACAUUGAUCUGUGAUUUUCAAUGCUUGUAAGAUAUUAUUAAUAAAGUAGCGAAGAG